AUGAACCGAAUUUUCGGCUCCAAACCGUCUGGCCCAAAGCCCACUCUCUCGGGCGCCAUAACCAACAUUGACACGCGGAUCGCCUCCAUCGAUACGAAACUAAAAGCCCUCAACGGUGAACUGUCCGCAUACCAAGAAAAGCUGUCCAAAUUGCGUGAAGGCCCCGGCAAGCAAGCCAUCAAGCAAAAGGCCCUCAAGGUCCUUCAGCGCCGCAAAGCCUACGAGGCCGAAAAGGAAAAACUCGAGGGCCAAGUAUGGAACAUGGAGCAGGCGUCCAGCAUGCAGGAUAAUUUGAAAAAUGUCAUGACCCAAGUCGAUGCGAUGAAGACGACCAAGAAGGAGCUACAGAAGCAAUAUGGCAAGAUUGAUAUCGACAAGAUUGAGCAGCUGCAGGAUGAGAUGGCGGAUUUGAUGGACGUGGGGAAUGAGAUUCAGGAGAGUCUGGCGAGGAGCUAUGAUAUUCCGGAUGAGGUGGAUGAGGCAGAACUGGAUGCUGAAUUGGAGGCUUUGGGGAUGGAGCAAGAGUUGGAAAUGGAAAUGGGAGGUGCGGUGCCUGGGUUUUUGCAGGAUGAGGUAAUGCCCGAGUUUGUGGAUGAGCCUCCUCAGACGGAGGAUAAAGUGAAAGAGGCUGCCGGUUAG